UGAGCCAGCCUGGCACAUACCGUAGCCUUAGGGACAGGAUUUUUUCCCCAGCUCUGUGUGUAACCCUUUCUCUGAGCUCCUGAUUCUCAGCUUGCACACGCCUGUGUCACUCAGCGUGGGGAUGGGGAGGUGAGGCAGCUGCGUGUUAUAAGCCAGGAGAGGAGAGACCCAGCGCUCAGAGGGCUCCUGCGGUUGCAGGUCAAUUAAAAUGAUGUCCCUGUAAACUGAGGAGGAAAGUGAAGGGCCUGGACUGAGCUUUAGACUGGCACACUCUGCUCGUUUGGCUCAGGCUGCAGACUCCUCCCUAGGCGUGUUCUUGGCGAUAUGGAGCCUCGCUGCCAGCUUUGGCCAUGGACACUAUUUGUCCUCCUGGCUGCCGCGCGGCUGCUGGGGGCGCAGCGAGGCUGCUCCCGCGGAGCCUGUUACCCCCCGGCCGGGGACCUGCUGCUGGGCCGGGCCCACGGCCUCAGAGCCUCCUCCACCUGCGGCCUCACCAAGCCCGAGACCUACUGCACGCCCCACGGAGAGUGGAGCAUGAGGUGCUGCAGGUGCGACUCGCGGGUGCCGCACGCGCACAACGGCCACCGCGUGCAGAACGUCCUGUCCCCGGCCGGGCACACGCGCUGGUGGCAGUCCCAGAGCGGUGUCAAGCACGUCUCUUUGCAGCUGGACCUGGACCAGACCUUCCAGCUCAGCAGCAUCCUGCUCCACUUCAGGUCCCCGCUGCCCGCUGCCAUGCUGAUCGAGCGCUCCGAUGACUUGGGCAGGACCUGGCACGUGUACCAGUACUUGGCCUCCGACUGCGCCGCCGCCUUCCCCCACGUCCCCCGGGGCUCCCCCGAGAGCUGGCAGGACAUUCGGUGCCAGGCGCUGCAGGGGCACCCUCUGCACGGGGGCAAGGUGAAAUUCAGUGUCCAAGACCUGGCGUCUGCUCUCACUGCCUCUUACAGCCAGACCGUCGAGAAGCUGGGGCCGUUCACCAACCUGCGGAUCAACUUCACCGAGCUCCCCCACAUCGCUCGCCAGGGCUACCACUCACCCAGCACCUUCUACGCCGUGACUGAGAUGAAGGUGCUGGGGAGCUGCUUCUGCCACGGCCACGCCGACCGCUGUGCCCCUUCUGGAGACCAGCACUCCACGCAGGUCCACGGGCGCUGCGUGUGCCAGCACAACACCGACGGCCCCAACUGCGACCGCUGCGCCGCCCUCUACAACAACCGGCCCUGGGCAGCCGCCGAGGACAGCGACCCCCACGAGUGCCAGAGGUGUAACUGCAAUGGUCACUCAGCCUCGUGCCACUUUGACCCGGAGCUGUACCGUGCCAGCGGGGGGGUGAGCGGGGGUGUGUGCGAUGGCUGCCAGCACAACACCGAAGGCAACAACUGCGAGCGCUGCAAAACCAACUAUUUUCGCAACCAGCUGCAAGAUCUCAGCCAUCCUGAAGCCUGUCUGCCCUGUGAGUGUGACCCGGACGGCACCGUGCCGGGCUCCAUCUGUGACCCGCUGACGGGGCGCUGCGUCUGCAAGGAGAACGUGCAGGGCGACCGCUGCCACCUCUGCAAGCCAGGCUUUGCCCAGCUGGCCAACGCCAACCCCGUGGGGUGCCGCAGAUGUACCUGCAACGUGCUGGGAACACGGCAGGACAUGCCCUGUGACGACGAGACAGGGAGGUGCUUCUGCUUGCCCAACGUGGUGGGGAACGAGUGCAAUGAGUGUGCAGCAGAGCACUGGGCCAUGGGGAGCGGCCAGGGCUGCCGGCCCUGCGGCUGCCACCUGCCUGGCUCCCACAGCCCCCACUGCAACCAGUUCACAGGGCAGUGCCCGUGCAGAGAAGGCUUCACAGGACGGACGUGCUCUGCUGUGCAGCAGCAGGUUUGCCCAGACAGGCACUACGGAGACGUCCGGGCAGGGUGCAGAGAAUGCGACUGCGACUUCCAGGGCACGGAGGACGUGGGAUGCGACAAGAGCACGGGCCAGUGCCUGUGCCGCCCGGGUGUCACGGGCCCCCGCUGUGACCAGUGCCAGCGUGGCCACUGCAGCACCUACCCCGGCUGCCAGCUGUGCCACCCCUGCUUCCGAGCCUACGACGGGGACGUCCAGCGCCUGCGCCUGCGCCUGCGCCAGGCUGGCCUCAGCAACUCCAGCAUGCAGCUGCCCCCCGGCAGCGGCGGCUCCCGGCUCGGCCCCCGGCUCACGCAGGCACAGGGCACCCUGCAGCAGGCACAGGGCAUCCUGGGCCACGCUCCAGUGACAGAGCAGAGCCUGGCCCAGGUGGGCAGUGUGCUCGCUGCCAUCAGGGAGCAGGUCCAAGGCAUAAAUCCUGACCUUUAUUUUCUGGAUGAGACAGCCUCUCUCUCAAGGGAGCUUGAAGCCCUCAACAGCAGCUUGCUUAUCACUAACACCCAGUAUCUGAGCAAGAAGACCCAGUUUGAGUCCAGCCGCAGCAAGGAUCUGUCAGGAGCCUUCAGGACAAUCAGAUCUGCUUACCAGACAUCCACCAAUGCCAGCAGCCACGUCGCCGGUGUCUCGGGGCUCCUGGCUGAGUCCCAGGAGAGCCGCGGGAGCGUCGAGGGGCUGCUGGAGGGUCUCAGGGCAUCCAGCUCCAAGCUGCUGGCCCUGAAGGGCGAGAUCGCCUCCUCUCCCAACCUCACCCCUGUCAUCAAUAAGAUCUGCGGCGGUGUCCGUGCACAGCCGUGCACACCAGCGCAGUGCCAGGGGCUGCUCUGCCCCGUGCCAGGCGGCAGCGCCUGCGGGAACGGCCGCCCCUGCCACGGCAUCGUCCCCCUGUCCGGGGCAGCCCUGGCCACGGCCGGGCAGGCAGCCAGGGAGUUCCGCAGCCUGAACGCCCGGCUCCGGGACAUGGCCCAGCUGAUUGAAACAACAGAGACAUCUGCAAGUCAGAUUCAAAGCAGCGCCCGGCGGCUGGUGGAGCAGAUGAGUGUGACCAGGACACAGGUAGAAGGAGACGUGCGGCGCAUCCAGCAGUUCAUCCAGCAAGUGCGAAACUUCCUGUCAGACAAAGACACAGACCCUGCCACUAUCCAGGAAAUCAGUGAGUCUGUCCUCUCCUUACGUCUCCCCACGGAUGCUGCUGCAGUCUUGAGGAAAAUGACUGAGAUCCAGAAUUUAGCAACUAAUCUGAAGUGCCCGGAGAGUUUACUCGCCCAGACGGCCGAGGACAUUGCUAAGGCCAAGCAGCUCCAGCAGCAGGCAGAACAAGCCAGGAACCGGGCCAAUGCCGUGGAGGGCAGCGUGGAGGAGGUGCUGGGGAACCUGCGCCGAGCCAACGCGCUGCUCCUGGAGGCUCGAGGGGCCAUCAAGGGCUCCGGCUCUUCCCUGCGCUUCAUCCAGGAGCGCGUUGAUGAGAUCGAGGCCGUCCUUGGCCCGGCUGAGGAGCACGUGCAGUCGGUGGCGGCGGAGCUGGCCGUGCUGCUGGAGCGGCUGCAGCAGCUGCAGCACGGAGCAGCCCAGAGCCGCCACAGGGCUGCUGACGUGCAGCAGGCGGCCAGCGAGGCGCAGGAGCAGGCCCAGGGAGCGCAGCAGGCUUUUGAAAAAGUGAAACAAAUGUAUGCUGAGCUGAAGAGAAGGAUGGAGCAGGGCCCAGCUCAUGGAGAGCAGGGCAGCAGGGUGCAAAGCAUAGACAUGGAGGCACGGGCUUUGUUUGAGGAAACUUUGACUAUGAUGCUCAGGAUGGAAACUUUACAAACAGAAAUUCUGAAGAGCAAUGAGGCUUUGAUGUCCAAGUCAGCCAGGCUGGCAGGCCUGGAGGAGCAAGUGGCAAGGAUCCGGGAUGCCAUCAACAAGCAAGUCGUCUACUACAACACAUGCGAGUGAGGAGCUGCCCGUGCUUGGGCAGUGUUGCCUUCCUCCUCUGCAGACACUCACUGGUGUAUUUAUUGCCAUUUUCCAGCUGGAGCUCUCAUGUGCCUAACAUCUCUAUUUUUAGCAAAUUGAGUUUCUGUACCUCUGGAAAAUAGCUGCACUGAGUCAAAGGAGAAACCCCACGGAGAGGAUAAACCUUGGUUGGACUGGCUGAAGCUGCCUGGUGGUUGGAGGAAAAAGGGGGACAGGCAGCAAUCCUCCAUGGCAGAAAAAAACAUCCUCAAAGCUGUUGUUUCCAGAGGGCUUUAUAGACCAAGACAUUCUUUCUUUUCUUGUUUUAGCCAAUUCAAGCUCUUUAAGCUGAAUUUCAUUGUUCAAAUUAAAGCCCUUAUGUGGGGUCUUUUAAAGCUCUUUAUCUAUGCUGCAGUUAAUCCUUAAAACUUGCCAUGGCUUCAGUACUUCCCUUCUGGAUCUUUCUUCAAAUUCCCAGCUCACAGAAACGGGGAAUUUUAUCUCCAUCACAUUUGUACAACACACCCAUGUUUAUACAAAUAAGAGAAAUGCAGCCUCAUACUCAAAGGUGAAGUCAAAUGUCUUGUCUGACUUUCUGCCACA